CCCACGGCCCUGAACGCAACAGGGAUGAUGAUGCUCCCAUCCAUCCAUGUAACCUGCUGCUACUAGCGGGCUGACAGCUAAAACCCGGAGAGAGCGGCUCCAGCUGCAGGAUGUCCCUCCCUUGUUAACCCGCACCGAGGACCAGGCGGCCCCCUUCCUUCACGCACCAGGACCCGAACCCCCCGAACCCGGAGAGCGAGAUGACGACCCGGUCCGAGAGAGAAAAAGCCCAGAAACUGAACGAGCAGCACCAGGCCAUUCUGACCAAACUGCUGAGAGAGGAGGACAACAAGUACUGUGCAGACUGCGAGGCUAAAGGUCCUCGGUGGGCAUCAUGGAACCUCGGGGUGUUCAUGUGUAUCCGCUGCGCCGGCAUCCAUCGCAACCUGGGCGUCCACAUCUCCAGAGUCAAAUCUGUCAACCUGGACCAGUGGACAAGUGAGCAGAUCCAGAGCAUGGUGGACAUGGGCAACACCCGGGCUCGCAAGCUCUACGAAGCCCACCUACCAGAGAACUUCAGGAGGCCACAGACGGACCAAGCCGUGGAAGUGUUCAUCCGGGACAAAUACGAGAGGAAGAAGUACUACGACCAGGAGGCCUUGGCCGCAGCUUCAAAAGCUGAAGCGGCUGCUCCCUCCGCCUCGCCAUCCUCCCAGGCUGACAAGACCAGAGCAGAGAAGGAGCGUGACAAGAAGAAAGAGGAGAAGAAGAAAGAAAAAGAUGCUGACAAAGCGCAAAAACACAGUAACACUAAGCAGUCAGAGUGCAGAGCCAGCCCCAAGAAAAGCCCAGAGCCGGCUGUAGACCUCCUAGGCCUUGAUGCUCCAGAAGGAGAACGGAAAGGCUCAGAUCAAACAGCACCCGCCGGAAAUGAACUGGACCUGUUUGGACCGAUGGUCUCCAACCCUCUUCCCCCCAGCAACACAAAGCAAGAUCAGCCAGGUUCCAGUGCCGCGCCUCCACAGGUGGAUCCCCCCACCACCACCACCACGCCCUCUUCCUCUUCCUCCACCACCACUACAGCGAAGGUGGAGGAGAAGAAGCUUUUAUCUAAAGACUCCAUCCUGUCUCUGUACGGCAGCAGCUCAGCGGUCAGUCAGCCGCAGAGCCAACAGCAGCCUGCCGCCGGACCAGGUGCGUACCUGGGCCAGCCUCAGAUGCAGUUCAAUCAACAGGGUUUCCCCCCAGCAAUGGGAGGAGGCGCCCCACCCACGACAGUGAUGGGCGGGGGUCCAGGGAUGCCUGGCAUGGCCCUGCUGAACGGCGGCCACAUGGGCACGCAGCAGCCAGGAGGGAUGGCCCACCACCAAGGCCAGCAGCAGCAGCAGCAGGGGCAAUGGCAGAUGACACAGCAGAUGUCCAGCAUGGCUUUGACGGGUGGAGGACUGGCGGCAGGCGCCCCCACGACCGGCUGGUCCACAUCUCCGGCACCAGCUUCGGGCCAGACCCUCAGCACUCAGCUGUGGAAGUAACAUGGACCGAGUCCAGAGGAUGAGGUGGUCCUGCCAGGGGCGCCAAUCUGGCAACAGACAGCUAGACUGAUUUACUCUCUUGUGCACAACGUUGCUAUGACUACUUAUGGUGAUUUAACAACCUAAAAAAAAAAAAA